AGUUAUCCCUGAAGUGUGCAAAAUUAGUACAAUUUUCUACACCAUUACUAUAAUAUUGACAAACUUUCGUGAAUUAACACUUUAUCUUCUGUUCAAGGGAGCGAUAUUGUUCACUGUGUGUUUUAUUAAUCAUGUGAUCGGGUCUUAUCCAAUGAGAAAGCGAGAAACAUUUCAAUGAUAUAAUAAAUCUUUUUAUGCAUGGCGCGCGCGAUCUCUCCAACAUAUGGGUCACUUAUGUGGUGGAUUAGGUUGAGUUGACUUGGGGUCGAGAUGACCUGUACCUGAUUUUAUUUGUGUACUGGCUUGGAAAUAAUCUUUGAAAUUAAAUUUCAUAUCAUUUAGAUGUGUGGUGAAUAAUAAUCAAUCAAAUACCAUAAUAUGUUGAAUUAAUCUGCUACAUGCUUUUAGUUUUAUGUUCAUGUAGUCACGUUAAUACAUCAAAACAAUAUUUUCAAUAGGAAAUCACUUGAUAUUUCAGCUGGCUCCAAAAAUCUAACAGGAAUAGAAUAAACGCUAUGAAACUGACAUCAUAUUCAUUUGUAGACCUGACAUAAUAAUCAGAUCUGAACAUCAGGACAGAAGGUUCAAAACUGUAGAAUGACAGCAUGGAUAAUUUAUGGAUAGUUUGCAUGUUAGUACUUUAUGUGCAUGUAUAUUGAAAUAUGAAAAGUAAGAUUGCCUCACUAUUUAUACGACCCUGUGUUCUCAAUAUCAUCAGAUAUCAGAAUAAUAUGAAAUUCUUCAGGUUGGGUCUUAGAAAUAUCAACAAAAUAGUCUUUGUUCUACAGAUGUCGUCUAUUUGCAUUUUAGGAUUUCUUGUUGCCAUUUGGUUACAUUGGGAGAGACUGUUCCAUUCAGAGCCUUCAUGGAAAAGAGGGCGGAUUGAUAACCAAAUAAGGGAAAUGAUUGACAUGAAGAACUAUGAUUACAGCAAAGUUUUAGGAGAACAUCUUGACAUUGGGGAUACCCUUGAAAGUGACAUGGGUGAUGUCAAGAGAGGCAAUGAUGAAGAAUACACCAGAGAUGACUUUGGUGGUAACUUAAAGGAUGACACUAGAAAUGACACUAGAGAAAAUGCCAGAGAUUCUAGUCCCAGAGAUAACAAAGAAGCUGAAUGGAGACCAGAAAACAGGAACUCAUAUAAAAACAGUUUUGAACAAACUAGAAAUGACUCGCAUGUAAUACACAAAGUUAAUGUUACCAAUGAUAAAGAACACAUUGAUCAUUAUUUAAAAAACAAUACAACAUUUGAUAGAGCAAUUCCUCAAGGAAAGAGAACAUUUUUAGAAUCACAGGACAUGCUUGAUUAUAUUGACCAAGUGCCAUAUACAAGGAUUAGUCUUAAUCUUGACUUAGUCAAGUGUAAAGUUAAACUACACUUGGUAGUUUCUUUUCCCCUAUUGGUUUUCUUAAACGGCACAAUAAAUCCAGCUUUCAAGAGGUUUCUACCAAAAUUCACAAUGAACGAUUUAAUUAUUCGUCAGUGGGAGUAUUUGGAUACUCUAAAAACGAACCUCCAGCACCCCUGCGUAACAUCAAUUCACAUUCUGUCCCAUUCGACCCUAGAGGAUGUGAUACUCCAUCAGAAUAUAGUAACUAUCAAUCAGACACUUUUGAAGAAGGUACAUUAUGCUACGCUGUAUGGGAGAGCAACUAUGGGUCAAGUAUGGGAAUAUACUUCAGUGAGUCUCCUUGGGAAACAUGUUGUAGUUUUAAACGCUGAUAUUAUCCUCGGGGAAGGAUUUGAGAAAAUUAAUCCUGAUUAUUUAAACAUAACAAACGUUUUAUAUGUACUGUCCAGACACAAGAGUCCAAAAAUGGACAUUAAAGGAUCUGGGUGUAAUGACGUGAUACAUGGUGUUGCCAAGGACUUUUGUGACACGUACAUUCGGUCACAUGAUGCCUAUGUAAUAUACAUGAACAAGGUGUUUUCUGAAAAGAAUUUGAAGUAUCUUCAUUACCCACUUAACUACUUGGGAGCUGAGAAUAAACUGAUUGGCUUUUGGAAGAGAGAGUACGAUUAUAAACUCUUAAAUCCUUGUAAGGUGUUAAAAAUAUACCACAACCAUUGCUCGAAUCUUCACUUUGAUAAACGUGUAAGAAUAAAACCAAGUGAUAGCAAUAACUUUUACAAGAUAUAUGUGAAGCCUACUUCUAGUUUGGUUGUGUGAAUUAUACGCUGUACAUAUUUUCUGUAAAAUGAAGAAUAAAAGACCAUGUUACAAUUCCUAAUUUGUAUAAUGAUAAAAUAUACACAAAUACCAAGACUUUGAGCAUCUGUUUCUCUGUAUCUACAGUUCAAGACUAUAUUGAACAUCCAAAAUCAUAGAUCAAAUGUGAUAUAGUUUAAACUGCUAAUGUACUAUUCUUGUUGAUUUCUACAAUGCUUUUGAUGUGAUGAUAGUGC